UGAUUCUACAGCUAACUAUCCUACCAGAUUGUCUCUGUUUCCUAGGGUUACGGUCUAGCGGUCCAGCAACACCCCAGUUCUCCCAUUCAACGGAGUACAAAGGGCUGGCCGGGCUCAAUUAAAAGGCACACCAAAUACUCCUCCAUAUGCAUGGCACUCUACACCAAUGUCAUACACGAAAUCUUCGAGACGAACCACACUGCUCUUCCAAGUCACACAAUAUUAAUAUCGAUGCAAAACUUAAAUUGCGGGACAUCCUUUUCCACUCCAUCGAGAUGUGUUGCCGCAGUUUCCGAACUGCAGUACAUCGUGCCUUCCUGUUUACAAACACUUUUGACUGCUGAUUUGUUAUUGUUAUUGUCGUUGCCAUCGAUCGCUCUUUCCCUUGCCAUGUUUCCAAUAUCCAAAUAUAAAGCACCUGCUUUUCCAUCCUCUCCAUGUCUGCGGAGGUUCCUUAGAUACGCUUCUGUCGCAUGAAAGGAAGCUAUAUAUCAUUUUUCUGCCCCGCUGUUGAGUAGUUCUGAGAACUUCAUCCUUGACUUGUAUUGUUAUGCAUGGUCAGCCAUGCAUUACUUACGCUAUCUUAUUUCAUUUGUCCUCUUUGUCGUUGUUAACGGCGACAAAAACCACGAUGGCCAACCAACCCGGCUUCCUAUGCCUCCUGUGCUGAGACCUCCGUUUCCUCUCGGUCCAACGCCCCAUCCUUUCCCCGCUCCAGGAGGGUUUUCUACGAGUAAUAAUGCUGAGCAGGACGACCAAGGGGGCCCCCUCGCAGCCUGUGGGCCUUAUGCCGGGUCCUGCCCAGAGGGCCUCUGCUGUUCUUCUUCAGGGUACUGUGGAAAGGGACCCAUGUAUUGCGCUGCUCCAGACUGUAUGCUUGAGUAUAGCAGUGGCUGCGAUGCCCACAAGACACCGAGCGGAGAAGAUACAUCUGGUGUACCCCGCGAUAAGGUUGGAGAUGUUUCCUAUGGCGAGGCAGCUAUUUACGACUGUACCGUUCCAAACACCAUUGCAUUGACAUAUGACGACGGGCCAUAUAUCUAUACCAGAGACCUGCUUGACAUUCUUGACUCGUUUAACGUAAAGGCGACUUUUUUUAUUACUGGAAUCAACUCAAACAAAGGUUCAAUUGAUGACCCUAAUUACCCCUGGGCCGAUUUGAUUCGUCGGAUGUAUAACAGCGGCCAUCAAAUCGCCAGCCAUACUUGGUCUCAUCAGAACCUUGAUCAGGUCUCAGCUUCUCAAAGAAAGCAGCAGAUGGUAAAAAAUGAAAUGGCCUUCCGAAAUAUUAUGGGUGGCUUUCCAACGUACAUGCGACCACCGUAUUCGAGCUGCUCAGUUGCGUCUGGAUGUUUGAGAGACAUGGGCGACCUAGGUUAUCACGUCACGUACUUCAACCUUGAUACUGACGAUUACAACAAUGAUUCUCCGGACAUGAUUCAGCACUCAAAGGACAUAUUUGACUCCUACAUAGCACAAGACGGCCGCUCUCUACUUGAAAUUGGCCAUGAUGUCCACCAACAGACAGUUUAUAACCUGACAGGCUAUAUGCUUCGUCGCCUUGAAGGUAGUGGCUAUCGUACAGUCACGGUUGGAGAAUGCCUCGGGGAUCCCCCAGCCAACUGGUAUCGAUGGACUUCUGCCCCUGGUGACCAAAGCCGUGGAGACAAUCCACCAAAGGGUGGAAAAAAAUUCAAGCCAGUGAAGCCUCCAUCUCCUGACGGAACUUGUGGAACAAGUUACACUUGCACUGGUUCCGGGUUCGGUCGCUGCUGCAGUGCCUCGGGUUUCUGCGGAAACAGAGCUCUUCACUGCGGAAAAGGCUGCCAGAAGAUCGGCGGCAUUUGCUCUGAGGAUCCUUCAGACUCCAAACACACCCAAUUCGGCAAAGGAAACAAAAAGGGGUCGAAAAAGAUUGAUCAUUCUCCCACGCACAGCAUCAGCAAGGAAGCUGAAGAUGAUGAAGACAAGCUGGGGAAGAUGGAAAACAACGAGAAAGCUAAGGAAGGGAAUGGAGGAAAGGAUCAAAUCGAGGACACAGAUGGACAUGACGAUGGUCAGAACACUAACACGGAACACCAUUCAGGCAAUGAAAAGGGUCAUGAAGAAUAA